AUGAAGCUCGCCUCAUCUUCAUCUCCGUGGCGGUUCGUUGCGACCGCCGUGGUGGUGCUGCUCCUGGUGGCCCUCAACGCGCACGAAGCACUCGGCGCCGCGGGUUCGCCAAUCAUUUUCGGCAUGUCGACACCGACCAACGCCACCGCGAACCCGGCCGCGCAACUCGGCGCCCGGUUCGCUUACGGCAUCCAGCUGGCCUUCAAGGAGGUCAACACGGUGUACGGCGGCGUGAACGGCCACCCGCUCCAGCUUCUGGUGCAAGACGACAACUACCUCCUCGCGAACACGAUGGCCAACGUCGCCAACAUGAUCGACAACCUGGGCGUGUUCGCCAUCGCCGGCGUCAUCGGUGCCGAGCAGUCGCAAGGAGCGGCGCACGUGUGCGCCCAAAAAAGCACGCCCCUCAUUGGCCCGUACACGGGCAACUACAACCUCUACGUCCCGUUCAACAGGUUGUUCGUCAACGUCCGCGCGUCGUACGCCGACGAAGUGAACACCCUGCUCAGCUUCCUCAGUAACGAGCUGCGCCUCACCAAGGUGGCCGCCUUCUACCAGAACGAGAGCAUCCAAGUGGCCGGCUUCUCCAAUCUCACACUCGCCUUCAACUUGCUCGGCCUCAAGGGAGUGUACGACAAGAACGCGGCUGUCACUCCGGCCACCAUCGAUCCGGCUGUUCAGGAUGUCUACGCCAAUGGUACGGCCGAGCCGGAAGCCAUCGCCUGUAUCGGCACCUUCGCGCAAAUCGUACUUUUCAUCAAACUGUGGAGGCGCCUCAACGCCACCGAGAACUGCACGCAAUGUCUCAACACCUACUUCGUCAUGGUUGUUCUCGGGUUUCCUGCAACUGCAAGGCGUCUCACCCACCGGCGCGACGGAUCCCUUGCCAUGUACAUCAGUCAGGUGGUCCCGUUCCCCAAUCCCACUCUGUCGAAGCCCAAGAUGGUGGCCGAGUACGUCGCAACCAAGCUCGCGAACCCGGACGGUAACACGCCCUCGUUCACUGAGCUCGAGGGCUAUCUCGUGGGCCGCAUGAUUGCCGACACUCUUUUCCGCAUGCGCUCUCGGGAUUCGGCCACUUGGGGCUCCUCUCCGAACUUCGACACAAGCGACUCGGCGGCGAGGGUCACCCUGCGCCAGCUAUUCUUGCAGACCAUCUACGACGUCACCAACACUUUCAACAUCGCCGGUCUCACUCUGGGUCCGUUCACGGACACGACGGGCGACCGCUGCAACCAAGGCAUGCGCCAGGUGUACAUGGUGGCCUUGGCGUCCGACUACUCGUACAUUCCAGUCCCGAGCGGAGACUUUUCCUUCUCCGACGUGUGCGGUUCCCAAACGUCCGACGUGGCCCGCCCGCUGGCAUUCGGCCAGUCGGCUGACUUCUCUGGCGAUAAGGCGAUCGUGGGCAACAAGGUGCGCGCCGGCAUUCAGGCGGCGUUCUCCGGACGUAACGCGAGGCAGGGCGGUUACAACGGCCGUCAGCUGCUCCUCAUCUCCUACGACGAUCAGGGCGACAGUGCCCAGGCCGCCGCGAACGUCAACACGCUCGUGAACGAGAACACCGUGUUCGGUAUCAUGGGUAGCGUCGGCGACGAAACUGUGUCGUCGGUGGUCGAUCUCGUGACAGACCUCGGGGUGCCCCUGGUCGGCCCCAUCGCCGGCUCCACCGACCUGCGCGACCCGUGGCGCGAGAACGUGAUCAACAUCCGCGGCUCCGUGGCCGACGAGACCACGCUGCUGGUGAACUACAUGUCGAGCUCGCUCAAGAAGUUCCGCGUGAUCGCCCUCUGGUCGAACGACACCACGGGGGCCAACGGCUUCAAGGCCCUGCUCAACUCACUCGACUUCCUGGGCGUCAACGUCAUCGCCAACGCCUCGUACGACCCGGCCACCGGCAACAUCACGGACGCGUUCGCCAGCCUCAGCGCCACCGCCAGCUCAAGAAACCAGGUGCCGGAGGCCAUCUUCCUCUACGCCACUCAGACGCCCAUUGCGCAGUUCAUCCUGAAGGCCCACGCCAGCUGGCCCUCCGCCACCUUCUUCGCACCCUCUUCGGCCUCGGCCGAAGGCUUGAGCCAGACGCUGGCCGCCGCGGGAGUCGACACGGACGUGCAGCUGAUCCUGAGCUCGGUGGUGCCCUAUCCGUGGGACUCCAGCCUGCCGAUCGUCGCGCAGUACCUGUCUGACAUGCAGACCUACGCGAGCCAGGCCGACAUCGGGUUCUCCUCGCUCGAGGGCUACAUCGAAGCCAGCUUCGCCGAGCAGGUGCUGGACCUCCUGCCCACCACCGGCAACCAGACCGGCCAGGCCUUUGUCGACGCCAUCUACUCGCGCGAGCUCUUCGCCUUCCAGGGCCUCCGCUUUGGUCCCUUCGGCAACACCGUGUGUACCAGGAACACGCUGGCGUGUAAGUGCAACCAGGGUCUCCACCAAACGUGGAUGAUCAAGCUCAACUCGUCCCUCGGCUGGGACAACCUCGCCGACACCCUCGUGUGGACCGACUGCGCGUCCACCUCCACUGCGAUCGGUGUUCCGCUCGUGUUCGGCCAGAUCCUGCCCUUCACUUCCCAGCCCAAUAUCAGUAACGCCAUCACCAAUGGCAUCUACGCGGCCUUCGGUAAUCUGGCUUCCGCCAACGGACAGAACCUCACGCUCAUCCCUCGCGACUCGGACGUGUAUGUCCUCCCCUUCUCCCAGCUCCACUACUUCUUGUAA